UGAAGCUUUCACCUCUGCACAGCAACAUCGCCCCCAUCUCCUCCUCUCUCUCUCUUUCCUAGGAAGACGCCAUCUCCUUCGACACCCACCUCGAGAAUGGCGUCUCCCUGCGUUAUCCUCUGGUCAUUUUCAAAUUCAUUCGAAAAAGAGAAAGAGAUUUGAGGAUUACCCAUUAGUUUUCUUCCUCGUUCCUUGCCUCUCCUCGAACCUUCUCGCCUCCUUCCCUCGCGCGCUGGACCUGCUUGAAAGGCGUUCGGCAUAAAUCGUCGCCAUCUCCGCGUGGAAGAAGAUCCGGGGCUCUUCGUUCGCUUUCUCUGGAAGGUUGUGGUUGAAGUCGGGAUUGCAAUUCAAAAAUAGGCAAAGAUCGCAUGUGUUUUGAUUUGAGGUGGUGGAAAAGGGGUUUGGUAUCUUGUUUGACUUCUAUAAGAAGUUAGUCUCUAUCUUGCAAAGCAAGUCUGAGGUUAUUUGAAGUCAAAUCAUAGCCUCUUUUGCAAGUUAAAUUGCCACGUUGUUGUUUACUUCAUGAAGGUUCAAAUGUCUGUUAAAGUUGCUUGCUUUGACAUGGCAUGUAUCCCUGGCGAAGCAAUCUUGCUGAAUCGGGUCGAGUCUUAGAGCUUAAUUAAUAGAUUCUAGCUGUUAUUAGACCUCUUGCCGUUGUUGUGAACUCCUUUAAAUUUGUAUUGGAGAAAAGGUGUCAGAUUGGGGGUUCUAAUGGAACACAGAGAGAGGGAUUUUGAUAUUGAUCUUGAAGUUGGUGGUAAUUGUAGUGAAGAAGGUUCGAGCGAAGAUUCUACUUCUGCUACCAAAAAAGAAGUGAAGUUAGUUAGUGAGGUCUAUGGGAGGCUUAAUGAUAGUCCGGUGAAUGAUGAAGAUGGUGUCAGUUUUUAUGUCAACAUACUGAACUCAGAUGGUGUUGAUGCUCGAAAUAUGGCUAAGUUAGUCAGAGAACAGAGCCCAGGCAGUGCACAGAAGGAAAAGCGGAAAAAGACUAGCAAUAAGAAGGCCGCUAAGCCUCCCCGACCCCCGAGAGGUCCAUCACUAGAUUCCGCAGAUCAAAAGCUGAUUAAAGAAAUUGCUCAACUUGCGAUGUUGAAGCGUGCGAGGAUUGAGCGGAUGAAGGCAUUGAAGAAGGCAAAAAUGGCCAGGGGAUCAUCGUCUUCUCAGAACAGUGUGAUUGCCAUGGUGUUCACUGUUCUUUUCUUGCUUGUGAUACUAUUUCAGGGAAUUGCACCUAGAACAAAAUCCUCGGUGGCGACCUUUGAAGGCUCUCCAGAGUCAGCAGGAUCACCACUGGGAGGUCUAAUAUCGGUUCAGUACAACCAAAAUCCAUAUAUCACUCACAUGAAUGGACCCGCAUACGGUUCUCCCCGUUUGGUAGAGGAGGUUGCUGGUUUGAGUGCAGAGGGAAAGCCGGAUAGAGUUGCACGAUGAUUUGGACCUUUCGGUCGCGAUCCUUUUUUACCUGUACAGGUGGCUACUACAUACUGUUUUGCUGGUUAAUUUAUCCCCUUUUGUAUACUCGUCAAAGUUGGGGGAGUGAGUUAAGUUAUCCUGCGUAUGAGAUGUUUAUUUGUUGCGGGAUGCUCUGUCUUUGCAUUGGUUGCCUCUCUAGCAGCGCGUUGGCCAAAAAGAUAAUUUCCGAGCCGUUGUCUUGAAAUGUUCCUGGAUUAAUUAGUUUUCCUCCUCUGCAUAUGUAAGAUCUGUUUCAUCGUUUGUCACAUAAGUUAGAACCGAUGUACUUGUAAUUUGAAGAAAGAAAGCAGAGAAGAGCUCGCUAGCUUCGGAUGUUGUAAAUCCUCACGGCUACUUGUACGUGGGUUCUCAGCGGUGUUUGAGAGUGCCGUAACCAGUGCGGAAAGAGGGCAGUCAACUUUGUCACUGCUCGUUUUCAUUUCAAUACAAUUUUGUAACCCUUCAGGUUUGAUAUGAGUAGGAGAGUGUUCUUGAUGUAAGCAUGUUAGUGUGAGCAACCAGUCCAGCACAUGGCCUCACGUGUGUGCAGAUACUUAUUUUGAAAAAAUCUCUGUUGCUAGAUCCAAGUCCACUUGAUCAUGUCUGAAUUGAAUUCCUUAAAUCAGGAUCAGGUGUUCAAUCUGUUUCAA